AUGAUGACGUGUCGGCUGGGUUCGCGGCGGCUGGGCGGUUCGCGCGGCUCCUUGCAGGCCGGCACCGCGUGCUCUGCCGCUAGCGAGCUCGACCUCUCAUCUCGUUCCAGACGAUCCCAUAAAGCUAGGUUAAAAUUGCUGGGUGCAAGUGGGGAAGCGCCACUUUUGACCGCAUGGCGAAGCACGCCACACACGCCAGCCACGCCAGCGCCGCAUCAUUCGCACAACCACCUCUCCACACCGCAUUGUAAUGGAACCGACAGUAGCAGCAGAGGAGGACUGAGACGGCGGUCGACGUACACCAGUGGACGACUACGGGCGGGCUCGAAAUGGUCUUUUGUGUUUGACCCCGCAGGCCGAUUAUGCUAUUACUGGUCCAUGGUAGUCUCACUAGCCUUUUUAUACAAUCUCUGGGUCAUCGUUUAUAGGUUUGCUUUUCAAGAAAUCAACGGGGAAACGCUGAUAGUUUGGUUUUGCUUGGAUUACUUUUCGGAUUUUCUUUAUUUGGCGGAUAUUCUAUUUCACUUUCGGACGGGAUAUUUAGAAGACGGGGUGUUACAGACGGAUGCGGCAAAACUAAGAGCACAUUACAUGAAUUCGACAACAUUCUACAUCGACUGCCUGUGUUUGUUGCCCCUGGACUUCCUCUACCUGUCCAUCGGUUUUAACUCCAUUCUUCGCUCCUUCCGGCUCGUGAAAAUCUACCGGUUUUGGGCAUUCAUGGACCGCACCGAGCGGCACACGAACUAUCCUAAUUUGUUUAGAUCGACAAGUUUAAUACAUUAUUUAUUAGUGAUUUUCCACUGGAAUGGGUGCUUGUACCAUAUAAUAUAUAAAAACAAUGGAUUUGGUAGCAAAAACUGGGUGUACCACGAUACAGAAAAUACGGACGUAGUGAAACAGUAUCUACAGAGUUAUUAUUGGUGUACAUUGGCGCUUACAACGAUAGGUGAUCUGCCACGACCGCGAAGUAAAGGGGAAUAUGUCUUCGUGAUUGCGCAGCUUCUGUUUGGUUUGCUACUAUUUGCAACAGUGUUGGGCCACGUUGCAAACAUCGUCACCUCCGUCAGUACGGCUCGGAAGGAGUUCCAAGCAAAACUAGACGGUGUCAAGACUUACAUGAGAAUGCGACGAGUACCUACUCACUUGCAAGUGAAGGUGAUCAAAUGGUUCGAUUACCUGUGGCUGACCCAGAAGUGUUCCGACGAGGAGAAGGCUGUCUCCUGCCUCCCUGAUAAGCUUAAAGCGGAAAUUGCCAUUAACGUACAUCUCGAUACUUUAAAAAGGGUGGAAAUUUUUCAAAAUACCGAGGCUGGAUUUCUGUGCGAGCUUGUUUUGAGACUUCGGCCUGUUUUGUUUUCGCCAGGCGAUUACAUUUGUAGAAAAGGCGAGGUCGGCAAGGAGAUGUACAUAGUGAAUCGUGGCAAACUACAGGUGGUCGGCGACAACGGAAAAACAGUGUUAGCUACACUCAAGGCGGGUUCUUAUUUUGGCGAAAUAUCCAUUCUGAACAUGGGCACCGCAGGUAAACAACUUGGCAACCGGCGGACAGCGUCUGUGCGCUCCGUUGGCUACUCGGACCUGUUCGUGCUCAGCAAGAAGGACAUGUGGGACGUUCUGAAGGAGUACCCAGCCGCAAGAGUCCGUCUUGAAGCAAUAGCAGUCAAAAGACUUGAAAAGUAUAAGAAAGCGCCUCUUGAAAAAGUGGCAAUGGGUCGGUGCCAGUCUACGCCAGGGCUGGUGGAGACGAGCGGGCGUAUUCCCAUAGAGGAGAUGCAUCUUCCGCCCGCAUCGAUUCCCCCGCCAUUGCAUACCUCACACCCGCCUUCCUACCGGGACCAGCUAUAUAGUUCUUCAGUAACCCCUCUUCGUGUAGCAUCUCCUGUAGCUUCAUGUGCAUCGAGUGCUCGUAGUAGUGCCGCAGGAGGCAGCAGUAUGGUGGUCACUGGCGGCGCCCCUCGAGCGCUUAUUGAAUCUCACGAGGCGCUUGAGUGUGAAGUCAAGUGGCUGCGAGAGCGCCUCUACACAGUCGAGUCGGAAAACGCAGCUAUGUCGGCCAAACUGGACCAACAGCAAUGGGAAGUUGCUCAGAGGCUGCAAGAAAUCGAAAUGCAGAUCCGCGGGGGCAGCUCUCUGAGCUCGCAGGAGGAGAAUGAACGGAACCGCGAGAGCAUCAUUUAA